AUGGAUUAUGUUAAAUCAGCAAUCAUAACGCUAGAAAUUCAAUAGCCUAGAUUUGCUCCAAUUUACUACAUACUUUCAAGUUCACUAUUGUUUUCAAUAAAUUCAAUGUUUAGUAAAUUGAUAUCAAAUAUUCCUUCAUCUUAAAUUGUAUAUUUUGGAGCAAUUAUAAUGUGUUUGAUAAACACUAUUGUAACUAGUAACUAAAAAAUAUCAUUGUAUGGAUUUACAACAGAUAUAUACAAAAAGCUGUUUAUGAGAAGUUUAUUAGGAUAUCUAGGAACAAUUUUUUUUUAUUAAGGAAUUAAGCAAGUUAGCAUAUCAGAAGGAUAAGUUCUUUUUAGAACUUCUCCACUUUGGACAUCACUUAUGGCAAUUUAUUAUUUAAAAACUGAAAAGCUAGAGAGAAAUUUAUUUGUUAAUUUGAUUUUGGGCUUUUUGGGAAUUUUUCUUAUUAGUUAGCCAUCAAUUCUUUUAGAAAUGAUGGGAUAUGAAAAGAAGGAAAAGCAUAUAGAGACAUCAUUGAUAGGAAUAAUAUUAAUGAUAUCUGCUGCAAUAUGUUCAUCAAUAAUAUAAGUGCUAAUUAAUACAUUAGCAAAAUCAGUAUACAUUUUAUCAUAAUUUAGGUAAAUUAAUUAGUAAUUCUAUAAUAUUUUUGUAUAAUAACUAUUGUAGCAACAUCUACUAAUUUAUUCAUCUUUCCAUCUAAAUUAUGGGUUAUUCCAAAUAAUUUUGAAACAAUUAUGUUAAUAAUGAUCGGAGUUACUUCAUAUAUAACAUAGUUAUUGAUGAAUAGAGCAUAUAUCAAGGGAAACCUUGCUGAAAUAUCUAUGUUAGGUUAAUCAUAAGUUAUUUUUGGAUAUAUUAUAGAUUUAUUAAUGGGAACAAAUAUGACUGUAUUUAGUAAUUUAGGUACCUGCUUAAUAGUAGCCUCAUUAGUUAAAGUUGUUUAAGAUAAAUAAAAAGCAUAAAAAGGAUCUUGA